GCUGGGCUACAAAAACUAACCGGGUGACACAUCAGCUGCAUAACUGUAUUUCGUUUUUCAGUGGCAGCAGCAGAUUACAUCAACGGUGAUCACUUUCAUUUCUGGCGAAUUUAUACUUCAAGUUAUUCGACCAUGAGUAGCUCUAACUCUAUAUCCAAAGCUGAGUUGAUUGCGGCUGUCUCACUGGCUGCUGGAGCUACGGCGGUAGGGAUUCUGGCCUACCAAACAUUCGCUUCCAGAAAAACAUGCCCCAAGCCAAAGGUGAACCUGGAGCUGCAAAAGGACAACCCUAAAGUGGUGCAUGCUUUUGACAUCGAGGACCUGGGAGACAAGGCAGUCUACUGCCGCUGCUGGCGAUCCAAAAAGUUCCCUUACUGUGAUGGUGCUCAUGCCAAGCACAACCAAGAGACGGGGGACAACGUUGGUCCUCUCAUCAUCAAGCGCAAGGAGGCCUGAGAGCAGCACGUGGCGAGAGCAAGCAAGCGAGCGGCGUUGUCAUGCCUUUGGAUUUUCCGCUGUUCACUCACACGCACACACACACACACGCACGUACACACUCACCCAUGUCUGCUGUAGUGUCUCCUCCACGUGUUAGGAUUUCUCUUCUCUUUUCUGUCAGCACCCCCCCGCGAUCAUCAGGGGGUUUCUGAAGCUCUUACCAAAUCGGCUACUUUGUCAAUUCCUCUGUCUGUUCUUUCUGUCCCCGUCUGUGUUCCUUUAUGACUGAAAGUGAAUGUGGAGUGGCGUGAGGUGACCUCUUUUUCUUCUUCUUUUUCUUCUUCUUCUCCGUCUUCUUCUUCCUCUUCUUGAUUUUCUUCUUUUUCUCCUUUUCCGAGAAGCCUUUGUGUGACCAUGAUGGCGGAAACACAAUGCUGUGGCUUUAUAUGUGAACUGUGAUUGACAUGCGUGGUUUUUGUUUGUUUUUGUUUUGCUAGUGUUCUGUUGUGUGAGCUUUCAUGUUUAUAAGUGUGCUCUUGUUUGUAAUUAGUUUCGCGGAUACCGGAUAGACCCCCCCGCCCCCCCCGCCCCAAAUCUGCACUAAAGCCAUGUAUGUGCUGCUAUUGUGUGGGAGAGACAUCUCCAGUGUUGGGACAGGGGCGCCUUCCAAUGUGGCCCUGUAUAUGUGUGUGUGUACGAAGGAGUUUGGAUGAGGAAAAGUCAAGGGUGAAACCUUUGUGUGAGCAUUGCAGUUAUUACUCUACAUUUGGAUAAGCGGAAAGUCAUAUUUUCUCUCCUGUGAUACGAUGCUUUUAAGCAGCAUUUCACCAUUUCUGGAUAUGUGCGCAUUUCCCUCCUCACAUCGAGUGAAAUAAUUGAGUUUUACCGGUUUACCUGUUCUCCAAGUCUGACGGUGCAUCUUGUACCUCCAAGCUAGCGGCUAAAUGGUCCCAUGUGGUUCAAUGGUGCAUGUUAACUUGGAACGCAGAGUAAUAUUACCAGACACUGGGAAUGCAGGAGAAAGGUAAUACUCAAUUAUUUAACUCAAGGGGAGGUGACAAAUACACAUAUUUCCAGAAAUGGUUAAAUGUUGGGUAACGCUUUCUUUUACGGUACAGUAAUUACGGUGUAUUUCUGAGUAACAGAGAGGAGUUACUUGGUAUCUAACAAGUAAAAGGGAGAUAAUUACAAAGUAACUACUGAAACUAUGAAACUGCUGUGUAUUCUCUGGGCAACAGAGAGAGGUUUACUGUCAAAAACCAUCUAACUUUUUGUGUUACCCUGUUGUUGCACAGAAAAUACAUGGUAAUCAAUUACAUGGUAUUUACUUAGUAAUUUCCCCUGCUUUUAACCCGUUAUAUACCAUGUAACUUCUCUGUUACCCUGUUGAUAUCCAGAAAGCACACAGUAAUUACUGUACCAUUAAAGAAAGUGUUACCAAAUGCUGCUUAAAUGUCAUUCAGUGAGGUCGUACGUAUAGAUCCUGAAUUCCCACCGCCAUUACCUGGCCUGGUAACACUAUGUGCAUAUUCACCAUCUAGUUCUCAUUCAGUUCUGCUGUAUUUAUCUGGAUUCACUCAAGUGCUCCUUAGGUUUGCUACGUUUUCAUUCAGGGCAGGAUGCAUUGUUUUGUGUCUUAAAACCUCUCAGAUUUGGGAUCUGAAUGGUUUCUAAAUCCAUCGGCUUAGCACGCAAUCGUAAAGGUAUUAAGUUCAUCGGACUAAUGUACAGUAGUAAAAAUGUUAAAGUUGGGUGUCUUAUGCUUUGAAGACAUUACCUGUCAUGGUUCAUAUCUCUUGUUUAUUUUGUUCCCCCAAAAUGUUGUGUGUCUUUUGGUGUCGGGGAUCUCAAGGGUUACCCUCCCCUCCCCUGCCCUAACCUUAACCCACCUUUUAUUUAAUUUGGUCUUAAAUGACCAAAGUGAUCUCCCUUGUCAGUGUUUGUUGUAUCAGUAGUUGCAUCUUGAAUGAAAUCCAAAUGACAGCCCUGCUAUUCUGUGUUUACGUUGUACCUUUCCAUAUUGGACUUGUGUGGAUGACAGUUUGCCUCAUGUCUUUUUGUUCCAUGCUUCCUGAAUUCUCUGAUUUCCCAACAUCAACCUUCCAAUGUACGAGUUAGCAUUCAUAAAGAUCUGUUGAGGCGUAGGUCUUCCCUGCGAUUAGCAAAAUGUACUGACAUGGAUGCACUGCAUUGGUUAAGCAGCGAAUCCCUCUCAUAAGAAAUCAAUAAGUAGUGUUGCUUCUUGGUGGCGAUGAUAAGGAUGAUGAUGAUGAUGAUGAUGAUGAAUCUUGUGAGUAUUAUAAGUCUCAAAGUAUUUUUUCCAAUAGUUUGUUACACAUUGAAGAGAUCAGGGCCAUGUACAUAGAGAGAAUAUAUGGUAAAUGUGUGAAACGUAUGAUUAGCUUUUUUGGCACCAUUAUGACCGGUAUGUUUUGUAUUUCUGAUUUGUUUUAAUAUAUUAAAAUCAUUCAAACGAAGCAAAA